AUGUCGGCACCCUCUGGUUCCACCGUACGAGAGCAAGCAGUCGACUUCUUCUUGACCUCGUCGAGCCCGAGCAGCGUGCUGGCCAGGACUGUCGCAGUCGCUGCCGUCGCUGGAGGCUUGACGUACUAUGCGACUGCAAAUGCCAACGCUCGAAAACAAAGCAAGAGCAGCGACAAAGGCAAAGCAACCUCAGACGACUCCGACACUCGACCGCCUGCUCCGCCACCAAAGGACAAGAAGAAACGCGACGACGAUAUUACACGCAACGCACCUCAGCAGCAGCGAUCCCAAGCGGUAUCAUUCGACGACGAUGUGGGCAAGCGUGUCCGCUUCGAGAGCUUGGACAAGGAUGAGAUCCUAAAGCCCAUACCCGUCGCCGUAUUCUGGGACGUUGAUAACUGCUCCCCACCUACCGGCUCCUCCGGCCGCGAAAUCAUCUCGAACAUCCGCAAGCACCUAGCAAGCAUCAAUACGGGCACCGGCCCUGACCGCGAGAAUCUCGGCCCCUCUGGCCCACUCAUGAGCUUCAAAGCUUACUUAGAGCUGAGCUCCGCCGAGGGAGUCAGCGCACAGCAAGUCCAGCUCAGGAGCGAGCUCCAAGGCAGCGGCGUCUCUCUCAUCGACACCCCCAAGUCUGGACGCAAAGACGUAGCAGACAAGAUGAUCAUCGCUGAUAUCAUGGCGUACGCACUCGAUGUGCCGCCUCCUGCCCGCAUUGUUCUUCUCUCCGGCGAUCGCGACUUUGCCUAUCCGCUCUCCCUCAUUCGCGGGCGAGGAUACCAAGUCGUACUCAUUACACCGCCAGUGGGCGCCGUACCAAUUCUCAAGGCCUCAGCCAACCACGUCGCGCGCUGGCGCCAGGACGUCCUCGGUAUGGACCGAGAUGGCUUUGGCAGGCCGUACGAGUUUGGCGGAUCCGGGACACCCUCAAAGAGGAGUUCCAGCCCUGGACCAUACAACAGAAGCGCCAGCCCGGGGCCAUACAACCGCAGCACCAGCCCCGGACCUAGCGGCAGAACCACCCCGACGAACGGCCACCGUGCUGCAUCGACUUCAGCUCAAGCGGCACCACCAGCUCCCGAAAUGAAGUCUACCUCAUCCCUCUCAGGACCUGGAGCAGGCCCUGUCCCAACGGUCUUCGCGCCACUCGUGCAAGCUCUCGAAGAAUGCAAAGCCGAGGGACUCCCACGUCCUCUGCGCAGCAAGGUCGCGGUUCGCCUCACGGCGAUCGACAAAGACGUUUAUGAAAAGGCCGGCGCGACUGCGUGGAGAGACUACAUCGCCGUUGCUGAGGCUGCAGGCAUCGUAGUGCUCGGCAGUCAGGGGAAGACAGGUACUGAAUGGGUCGCUCUGCGCACCCUGUCGGCACCUACGAAUGAUAACAACGGCAUCAAUGGCGAUGGCUUCUCAGUCAAGCCAAUGGGCUUCGCAGCCACUAGUGCGGCUUUUGUACCCAAUGCCGGUACCAAGGCCAACGCCGAAGCGACCAAGACGAACACGGAAGCCAACGCUUUUAGCACUCCAGUUACGACUACGACUAUGACUACUCGCAACAGCGACGCCUUCAGCGGCGAAGGUGCCAUGACUGAGCUCGCUGCAUCGCAGAUCCCCGAGAGCACCUACGCCACCGUUCGCACAGACGACACGACUCUUCCGCCACCUGCACCCUUCAUUCCUCUGCUCCGAGCAGUCCACGCCGCCGAGCAGAUCACGCAACGCUCACCUCCUGUCACGUCUUUUGUGGGCCGCGUCCUCGAGCUCAUGAUCGAGUCGGGGCGCGUGGAGAAUCCCUACGAUGGCAGGUUAGAGACGUUUGGGACGCAAGUGAAGCGAUACGGUACCUAUAUCACCGCGGCGUACAAGGCUAGAGUAGCGAAGCUCACACCUACAGAGAAACCGGACGUGCCCGCCUUGCAAGUGAGUCCGGCGUAUUCCAACUGGCUGCAAGCUCUCGCUAGCAGCAGCAGCAGUAGCAGCGACGGGCCUAGCCCGCCGUCGCCUUCUUUGAAGAAGGCGACCGCCGCAGCGCGCCCUGUCUCGCCAGAGAAGCGAGAAGUCUUCACCGCCAGCACGCCCAGCAAAGCUGCCUCGUCGGGCAGCCUCAACAAGACCCCCAUCAAAGUGUCAGCGGGCAAAGCCCCUGCAUUUACGCCUAAGGCCGGGACAGCCUCGGGCAGUUCGGGUACGCCCGCCUCAUCAAAGAAAUCGCUCUACCUGGACGACACCCGCAUCAUGUCGCACAAGCCCAGCCAAGUGUCCAUUCCUCUCCGUUUCUUCCCGCUCGCCAAUGCCCUGCUCAUCUCGCGCUCAGACGGGCGAUUCUACAUGACAGAUAAGGCUUUGCACUCAGUCAUCGCCAAGCACAAGAGCGUUGGCUCGCAAUACAAGAGCAGCGAGGCAUUUAACCACUACCUGCGCGAGGCCGAGCAGGCUGGCGUGCUCGGGCUGGAGAAGGGAAACAAGGAGGGAGUGCUCCACGUGAGGUUGGCCGACAAGUUGCGCGACCCGAGGGAGAAGAACAGUAAGGGCGGCGAGGGAGGAGAGAAGUUGCCGGUCGCUGGGGCCAACCCGUACGACACGAGUAGUGAUGAAAUAACGGCGGGAUCGUCGUCCGCGGACGGAGAGAGUAACGGAUGGGAGAGCGAUCCGUCCAACAACUCACCCGUGCUUAGGCAUGGCAAGGCUGCUGCCUUCAUGAAAGGCAACGACAAGACCUCGACCUCCUCUUCCAGGUCAACGCCCAAGCUCGAGCCUAUCGCCACUCCGCCUCCCGGCAGCACGCCCACUCUUGAAGAUCGUAAGCGCUUCAAACCCUUAAUGGACGCCCUUCUCGCCCUUCGUCGUGAGGAGAAUCUUGUAUGCGUAGACUUGCAGCGAGUCACCGACAAGAUGGGCAACAAGAUACCCAGCACGACGGGCGAUUCAGAGACGUGGAUCAGCGCCACUGGGUGUGCCAACUUGGGGAGCUACUUGAUCUCCGCGAGGAACUUGGGCUUUGUCACAGCGCAAGCCAAGGACGGAGCCCGUGCCAGUGCUGCGGGAGAAGCGAUUGUGCUGCGUUUGGGGGAGAGGUACGAGCGCAAGCAGAAUGAGUGA